AAUGAUAUAUACAUACAUAUGUGCUGUGAACGCGAUAGUAAGUAGAAAAUGCCAAUACAGUUCCGAAUUUCCCUUUUUGGCAGCAUUGCAACACUUUUUUGCUAAUAAAUAAAUAGUUUUUUUAGCGCACCUACAGGAAUUUAAUUCAUGGAAAACAAUUAUUAUAUAAAAAUUUAAUAAUUAAGAUCAAUUAUUAUAUACAAAAGUACCAAAUAAUAUAUAAACUGUUUGGUUAUGUAGUCACUAUACAACGUUUAGAAGAAAUUUUUGUAGUAGCCUUAUAUCGCAUCAAAAUGGAUGUAGUUGUUAUAUUGGAUACAACUGAAGGUGGUGGUUCAUCUCUAGAACGUCAAAUUGCCCUAGAAGAAACAAAACAAGCUGUACAGGCUGUAGGUGCAAAUUUCCAACGUGUGCAUUUUGAAAAAUUGGAUUUUGGUGAAACUAAAGUUUUGGAAACGUUUUAUAAUGCUGAUGUUGCGAUUAUAGAUUUGAGUAUUCAAGCUCAACAACGUCCCUUAUUCUAUCAUUUGGGUGUACGAGAGAGUUGGGGUAUGAAGGCUAACAUUCUGAUCUAUAAUGAUGUUCAGUCCAAACAAACAUUGUGCCUUAAAUUAUCAUGUGCUAAUUAUACUUUUUUGCCUUAUAAACAUAAUGCGGAGUCUUCUGUUUGUAACUUAACAAAUUACAAUAAAGAGUUACCUGCAGACACUAAAAUCCCAACAUUAUUGUCUGGUUUGAAGCGUCUCUUACAAGAUGUGGAAAUACAGUCAAAAACACAUAUGAGAGAAAAGUUUUUAUCUGAUCUACGGGAUGCCCGUGAAAGUUGUGCUACGAAUUUAGAAAAACAGAAGGUUUUACAUGAAAUGCGGCGGCGUCUUGAUGAUUCUCACGUGCUAUCUGGGGAAGUUGUUCAUAGUUUCAUGUGCUCUCUACGAGAUGUGCAGGACUACGAUGCAAUGGUUCGUUUGGUUAGUGAUUUAAAAAAUAUACCAAGUACUCGAAAAUAUGUUGAGACUGGUAACAUGAGUUUCUUAUAUGCGUUUGCCCUUAAUAGACGUAAUAAAAAGGGUGAUAGAGAGAAAGCUUUAGAAUCCUCACUUAAGGCAUUGGAAAAGAAAGAAAAUGAAUUUCCCGACAUGUUGUGUUUAUGUGGACGCAUUUACAAAGAUAUUUUUGUAGAAUCAGAUUAUUCAGACAUGAGUAGUCUGAGAAAUGCUAUUAAAUGGUAUCGGAAGAGCUUUGAUAUUCAACCCAAUGAAUAUGCUGGAAUAAAUUUAGCCACAUUGUUAGUAAUAGAUGGUAAAGAGUUUAGUAACACAGAAGAAUUGCAGCACAUAGGCAUGACAUUAAAUAAUUUAAUUGGAAAAAAAGGCAGCCUUUCGUCACUGUUGGAAUAUUGGGAUGUAGCUACAUUUUUUGAAAUAUCUGUUUUGGCAGAGGAUUAUGCAAAAGCAAUUCAAGCCGCUGAAUGUAUGUUUAAACUUAAACCACCUAACUGGUAUUUAAAAUCUACAAUUGGAAAUAUAUCUUUAAUUCAACGUUCACGUAAGAAAUCAGAUGAUCUGCAAAAUAGAGUAGAAGGUCAUGUCUUUCAAUUUUGGAUGGACUUUUUUUUAGAGGCUACAACUCCUGAAAAAAUCAGUAACAUACGAUUUCCAAUCCUGAUUUUAGAACCACAAAAAAUUUAUAUGCCUAGCUACGUUAACAUAAAUAUGGAUGCCGAUGAGAAAUCGAUACAAAUUGUAAAUAUAUGUCUUGCACAUUCAAAAAAUAAAUGCAAAAAAGUACACGACUUUGUAUUUACUGCAUCACAAAUAAAAUCUGUUAGCUUGUAUAAACGUGACGAUCGUUGUGCUUAUCUAUAUGUGCAUCACAAUUCAGAUGACUUCCAAAUAUACUUCCCAUCAACCGAAUGUCGACAGAAGUUUUAUGAACUUAUAUUAGAAAUGGCAUCUGAUCAGGAAGUGUUUGUUAAUCUUAAUAUAGAUGACACACGCCAGAUUGAGUACGAAUAUGACUAUGAUGAUCAAAAUCGUAAAAUUAUACUUGGUAGAGGCACUUAUGGAACUGUUUAUGCAGCACGUGAUAGGCAGACACAAGUGCGUAUUGCUAUUAAAGAAGUGCCAGAGAAAAAUUCACAAGAUGUACAACCAUUGCACGAAGAAAUCAAGUUACACUCACAAUUAAGGCACAGAAAUAUUGUACAGUAUUUGGGAUCCCAUUCUGAAGACGGUUUCUUCAAAAUUUUUAUGGAACAAGUGCCUGGAGGUUCCCUUUCCGAUCUCUUGGAAACAAAGUGGGGGCCAUUAAAGGAUAGUGAAUCUACGAUGGCAUUUUAUUCUAAACAAAUCCUAGAAGGUUUAAAAUAUUUGCACGAACAAAAAAUAGUACAUCGUGAUAUUAAAGGAGAUAAUGUACUUGUUAAUACAUAUAGUGGUGUGGUGAAAAUAUCGGAUUUUGGUACCUCAAAACGUUUGGCUGGUAUUAACCCCAUGACUGAAACUUUUGCUGGUACAUUGCAAUAUAUGGCGCCAGAAGUAAUCGACCAAGGCUUUCGCGGUUAUGGACCGGAAGCUGAUAUAUGGUCGUUUGGUUGUACAAAUGUAGAAAUGGCUACAGGAAAGCCACCUUUUAUUGAACUUGGUUCUGCACAAGCUGCUAUGUUCAAGGUUGGUUACUAUAAAAUUCAUCCAAUUAUACCAGAAGAAUUAUCAGCUAUGGCAAGAAAUUUUAUAUUACGUUGCUUUGCAAUCAGUGUAAUGGAUCGUCCAACGGCUGCACAAUUAUUAGAAGAUCCGUUCUUAUCAGAUAAACAUCGAAAAUUACGUUUAGGUCCACCAACUACUUCCGACUUUGGUCGUAGUAUAUCAGUUCCUGCAGACCGUUUAGUGCAUAAAUCAAAUAAUCCUGCAUUAAUGACAUAUGCCAGUGCUACCUGUAAUACUCCUACAACUCCGGAAUUAGAGGUUAAUCAUUCUUCCUCUGUUGAUAUUGAUGAGUUGCCCAGCAAUCAAUUUAUUUUAGAACGACGGAACUCAUCUGGAUUUUUGUUAUCACCAGAAAUAGAAGCAUCAACGCCAUCGUUGCGUACCCAUACCAGUGAAACUAGUGAAACAGAUGGCUUUUAUCGUUUAAAGAAAGAUUCGCAACGACGAACUACUUUGUCAAAAGUUUUGGCACAAGAUGAGAAUAAAAUUUGUAAUAUUUGGUUAGAUCGGAUUCAAACAGAUCGUAAAAUAAAAGUCUCUAUCACACCAAAUGAAUUACAAAUGUUAAUACGUGGAUUGAGAGAAUAUAUAAUUAGCGAAAAUGAAAAAAAUCUAGAAAGUACUAUAAAUGAUUUAAAACAAAGUUUGAAUUUUGAUGCAGUGGCUUUGGAUCAUUUACAUUUAGCGCUAUACUCUUUUCAAGAUGCUGUUGUUACAGUAUUGCGCUCACAUUUUAUUAAACCACAUUGGAUGUUUGCUCUAGACAAUUUAGUCAAACGUGCGGUGCAAGCUGCAGUAACCAUUCUGUCUCCAGAGCUUGGUGCCAAUCUUGCUGGUAAAGAGCUUUCUUGUAAUGAUGAUGAAAGUGUUCACAAUCAACCACACACCUCAACCGAUAGUCAAGAAAAAAUAUCAACUGAACAUGUUGUAACAACACUUGUAGUUGAAGAAGAAUCAAGUUCAACUCCCACGGAAUGUCUUAGGAUUCUAAAAGAUAUCAAAGAAUCCAGUCGACAAUUUCAUCGUCAGCAUUUGGAUUAUCAAAAACAAAAUUUAAGAGCACUUCAAAACAUAAGUAAAGAGUUAGCUCAUAUUUAUAUGGGCCCUAGGCGUACUAGGUAUUCAUUCAGAAAUUUUAAUAAAAAACCGCUGAGAAAUUGUAAGAGACAAAUCUUCAACAGAACACACAACAAACACAAUUUCAGCAUAUACGAAGUUGAUGAACAGUUGCAACAAUGGCUAACUCAACACGAUAUUGAUGAGUUUUCUAAAUCUAUUAUAUUAAAUGAAGGAUUUACUUUUGAAGAUUUUAUUCUAAAUAUGGAAAAACUUGAUCUUAUGCGUUUAGAAUUACGGUUGGGAGUAGAAGUAAAAGUUUGGAAACUCAUCUCCCAAGAACGAAAUAACUUAGAUACAGUCGAUAAUCACCACUUGAGAAAGUCAAAAGAAGAUGCUUUUAAAUCAGUUGCCUUAAAUCAUAGUAAAAAUCGAAAGCGUUCAAAACAAACUGAAAGCGAAUAUGAUUCGUGUAGUGAAUAGGAAAAUCAUUAUUUAUAUAAACAUUUUGUUCGUUUUUGUAACAAGAAAAAGCGUUAAAUUAUUAUUAAAAAUAAAAAAAAUUGCCAUAAAAGUGUUAAUUUUGAA